AUGCGCUCCCUCCCCAGUCUGCGGGGGCCCCGGGCGCCGCCCCUGCCGCUGCUCCUCCUGUGCCUCCUCGCCCCUGUGCGCCGGAGCUCGGAGGACGGCCGUACCCCAGCUGCACCUUUCACAAGUCUACCUGUCCGGGAAGAAAUGAUGGCAAAAUACUCUAACCUUUCCUUGGAGAGUCAUAACAUAUCACUGACUGAACAUUCCAAUAUGCCAGUCGAAAAAAAUAUCACUUUAGAAAGACCUUCUAAUAUAGAACUCACAUGCCAAUUCACGACAUCUGGAGAUUUGAAUUCAGUAAAUGUGACUUGGAGAAAAGGUGAUGAACUACUUGAGAAUAAUUAUCUCAUCAAUGCAACAGGAAGCAUCCUGUAUACCCAAUACAUGUUCACCAUCGUUAAUAGCGAACAAAUGGGAAGUUAUUCUUGUUUCUUUGAGGAGAAAAAGGAACAAAGGGGCACAUUUAAUUUCAAAGUCCCUGAACUUCAUGAAAAAAAGAAACCGUUGAUCACUUAUGUAGGGGAUUCAGUUGUCUUGAUGUGUAAAUGUCAAGGCUGUUUUCCUUUAAAUUGGACCUGGUACAGUAGUAAUGGGAGUGUACAGGUUCCUGUUGGUGUUCCAAUGAACAAUAAGUAUGUGAUCAAUGGAAAAAAUGCUAAUGAAACAAGGCUCAAGAUAAUGCAACUUUCAGAGGAAGAUCAGGGAUCUUACUGGUGCCAUGCAAUAUUCCAAUUAGGCGAGAGUGAAGAACACAUUGAAAUUGUCGUGCUGAGUUAUUGGGUGCCCCUCAAAGCAUUUCUUGCAAUAGCUGCUGAGGUUGUUCUUUUAGUGGCUAUUAUUCUGCUUUGUGAAAUGUACACCCAAAAGAAAAAGAAGCACUCAGAUGAUGGGAAGGAAUUUGAACAAAUUGAACAGCUGAAAUCAGAUGAUAGCAAUGGUAUAGAAAAUAAUGCCCCCAGGCACAGAAAAAAUGAAUCUGUGGGCCAGUGAAUGAGAAACAUCAUGUCAAGAGUCACAGGAAGAUGUCAAAGAGUUUGGAUCUCAGCUUUGUUUCUGCUUCCUGUUAAGAACACGUGAAUUUUUAUUUUUAAAAGGAUGAAAAGUUUAUGCAAGAUGCUCA